AUGGUAGUCAUGUGGACUCCAGACCCUUCAGGGCAAGUUGCAAGCCCUGCUGUAGCCUUAGCCGUUGGCGUGCGCACUGAGAGAGUGCGCCGUCGCACCAAAUUCGAGACCCACAUUCCUCCCAUUCGCUGGGGACCACAUCUGCCCAUCCGAAGCCAACAGGAAGGGACUAGCACGACUACUGUCUUACUCUUCAGCCAGUCGAACGCAGCGUGUCCCCCCAUGGAUGUCCAGCCUGGCCCAAGCGUCCUUUUUGCAGCGGGUAACCGCAUCGCUCUUAUUGUCACCUACUUGCACGGCUGGCGCGACAUACCCAGCAUACCCAACAUCUUUGACCUGCAGUCAAGCUCAUCCAGAGCGUCUUCGGUGUUCGGCAUCCCCGUCAUGUGCCCUCAAAACGACAGCACCAUAGCUUCAAAGGGGUUACAAGGGGGUUACGGUCGACCUAGGUGGCACUUAAGUAAUAUCUACUUCUGGGAAACGUGGUUUAUGCACUUGACAUUGAGAAGCUACCCAGAAGCCGCUGCGAUCAGAAACUACCACUACCACUAUACAUCUCCAGUGCACCAGUCCAUCGAUCGCCCAGUUGAGCAACAUCACAGACACCUGAGCGUGCAUGAGUCCAUCUCGCGACAUUUGCUCCUUUCGUUGGCGCCUCCCUUCAUUACGUCUGCUGUCGCCGGCAGCAGUCCUCUCCGCGCCCCUGGCGGCUCCGCACUGCUCGCCAUCUCUGUCCAUUUCUACGGGACUCCUUCGUCUUGGCCAAUGAAGAUAUCCUGA